AUGCCCAAAAAGAAAGGAAAGAAGGGCAAACGCAAAGGGGAUGACCCCGCCCUGCGUCCGCAGAUCAUGAGGGACAAGCUGAAGAAGGAGACAGACUACAUAGCGGUCAACUCCAUCAAGCUGAAGGACACCUACCGCGUGGGCCUGCGUGCAAACCGCUGCGAGGAGAUCAAGGAGGAGCUCAUUGCCCUCCGGCGUACCUUCGAGCGGCGGGACCCAGAUCUGAACCACGCUGUGGAGAACUUUACGUGCAGUGUAGAGAAGAUGGAGCGUCUGUCGGCGCAGGCGUGGCGCGUGCACUACGAACAUGUCGAUCGUCUGCGCAACAUACAGAAAAAGCGUCUCAGGUUCCUGCAGGAGCAGUGGGACAUGGGCCAGGAUGUCUUUGACAACAAGUUAAAGUUGCUGAGCCAAAAAACGGCUACCUACUUCCUGCAGUCACGCGUGGGUUUCAAGGAGACGGUGCGUCACCUGGAGCAUCACCACCAGCAGGCCUUGGCUACUGUCCACAUGCUGUACAACGAGCCAAUGGUGGCACACUCAGUUUACGAGAAGAUGAAAGCCUUCGAGGUAGAGGAGCGCUUUUUGGACUUGAACGUGAAGGUCCUGAAGAACCAGAAAGCUGACAAUCGCUACCUGUAUGAUAUGGAGAAAGUGGAGGAUAUGGAGGAUAAGAAAAAGGUUUCGGUGACUACAGCAAAGAAGAGCGUGGCCCUCUACAACACCAUCCUUGAGGCGCAGUCUCGUCUGGAGGCCACUGAGAAGAGAAACUCUGAUAUGACGAGUAAGCUGACCGAGGCGAGGAAUGACGCCAAUGCCAAGAUCCACAUGCUCCUCAGUCAGAUGGCUAGCAACCGCGUCCCCAUCCAGAUCAUGAUGAACAAGAUGAGUGUGAACAGCAACGCUGCCGCCAACGGCCUAAGAUUGAUUAUUGCCAAGGGUGCCCGGCUCCUGAAGGUGGCAGAGAUGUGUUGCCAUUUAGAGGCAAUCCAGAAGGAGGCGCAAGCAUCUGUCCAAAAAGUCGCCCCAGACUUUGAAACGCAGCCGGUCAAGCCAUCGCAGAUGUAUGAGUUCCCCGAGCUGAUGAAGCGCUACAACAAUGCGCAGCUCCACCGAGAUGCUCUCAAGCGGCGCUUUGAGAAACUACAACUGGAGAACCAACAGCUGUGGCUGCUCAAGCAGCAACGCCUCGAAGCAAAGACCGUCAACCCGGACACGCACAAAGGACCCACCAAUCCUCUGAAGGUCAAUAUGGCUCCCAUCAUGGAGGACGGCACCCACAUACAAAGGCACUCCGUUGUUGAAGGAGUGCAAGCUCUCAAAUUACUUGCAAUCAAUCAAUGAAAACUUUCCUGAGAUUUAACUCUUUGGCCACUUAUGAUGGCCAUGAACAUCAAGUCCUUUUGAACUGGAAGGACUGGCAUUGAAUAUUCAUAUCCUUGAGCCACUGGCAGAAUUAGUUGUCCAAUCAAUUUGAACUUGGAAUGACUAGCAACCAAUUCAAAUGGCUUGACAUCUAUUGCUGCGAAUGGCAGUCAAUGAGAUGAUGAAUGAUCGUUGUCAGCCGCUCCCAGUUUUAUUUGAUUUGAUGUCCAUUGUUACCAAUGACAGACAAUGAGUUAAGUGCUAAUAACCUGAUGAAGUUAAAAAGUUGAAAUGAAAUUCAACAUCAAUAAAUUGUUUUACUGGGACGAAGAAAAGAGUGUUGUUAACUAGUGUUGUCACAAUUCGAUACUCAGUAUUGGUAUCAGCGACCGAUACGGCUAUUUUUGGAGUAUUGGAUAGUAUCAGAUUUGGUCACAAGAUUGGAUCAAACCCGGUAUUUUCAUGUGUUUUCAACACUGGCAUGCUUUUCGGCGAC